CGCAGUGCAACACCAACACCAAGACACUUCCAUCAAACAAACCUUCUCGUUUCGCAACUUUCUUUGAUCGACCUACCUAAUCCUUCAAUCUGCAGUCCACUUCUCCAGCCUCAAGUCUUGCCCGUCCGCGCCCGAUCAACCAAAAGUCAACCACACCUCCAACACACCAUGGCUGACAGAUUCCCCUCGCUGGAGGAGUUCGACUCCGGCGCCCAGACCGAGAUCAAGGAGGGCUCUGGAAGCCCCUCGGCCUCCAACUUCCUCGAGCGUGAGAAGGCGCUUCUCGGCGACGAUGCCAACCAGUUUGCGACAGUUGAGGAUGCUGGUUUCGACGAUGACAACGACCUCCUAGGGGGUGGCCUCGACUCCUCCGCUGGCGCCGGCGCCGGUAUUGAGACUGACGCUGCUUUCGAGAGCCAGUUCCCCGACCUUUCCGCAGGCAACGAGUCUGUUGCGCCCGGCGGCACCAUCACUGGCGCCGGUCCUUCCGUCACCUACAACUCCGGAUAUGCGCCGUAUGCCGAGCAGGAGCAAGAGCCCGAGGUGAUCAGGGAGUGGCGCGAGAAGCGUGAUGCGCAGCUUGCCAAGCGGGCGGAGCAGUUCGCCGCCCAGAGAGCCGAGACCAUCGCGGAGGCCCAGCAGAACAUUGACGAAUUCUACGAGAACUACAACAACAAGAAGGAGAAGGCGAUUGCGCAGACCCGCAAGGAGGCCGACGAGUUCCUUGCCAGCCGCGAGGACACCACAUCGGGAGGCACGAGCUGGGAGCGCAUUGCCAAGCUGGUUGACGUUAGCGGCAAGGGAGCUAAGGGCGGUGCUGCUGGUUCCGGCAAGGAGCGUUUCCGCGAGCUCCUGAUAAGCCUAAAGAAGGACGAGAAGGCCCCCGGUGCCUCGGGAAUUUAAAGCGCUUGCUUGACCUGCCCGCAUGAGAAAGGGGACAACUGGUUGCCAUUAUUCACAGACUCACGCUACCCAUCAUCCAUGGCCACUACCACAU